AUGCCCAACUGUAUUCAAUGCACCAGCACAGGACGCAAGUGUGAAUACACUAGCCAAGCUCCAUCUCGUCAUGCCUCAACAUCAGCAUCUAGCGUGGUCCCGGUCCUGGACCGGCCGCUUUCGGUCUCACCUAGUAGUGUAUGGCUAGAGCGACGGGCCUUCGCCCAUUAUUCCCAAUACGCUGCGUCAUUCAUUGCUGGGGGGAUGGACCUCGACUUUUGGGUUGGUGUUGUCACCCAGGUAUGUCGGACUGAGCCUGCGGUGUGGGACGCGAUCAACGCCAUCAGUGCCCUCUUUGAGAAUCUAGAUCCCUGCUUCGACCCCGUCUGGCUCGGGCAAAACGACAACAGAUCUCAGGGAUUGCGUCCUAGCCACAGUGAUGCCUUAUGCUGGUACUUGCGCUCGUUAGCUACUAUGCGCAGGCAAAUUAACUGGGGGAGUGUUGACAUCGACGUAGCAUUGAUUAGCUGCAUCUUGUUUAUCUGCAUAGAAAGGGCGCAGGGGCGGGUAGAAGAGGCGCUACAACUGUACCGGCAGGGUGUAAGCCUCAUCUUCGAGCUCCGGGCACGCGGUACUAGGAGGGGUUCUUGCACGGAUUUCGCUCUUUUACAAGACACCAUCCUCCCUAUUUUCCUACGACUGGGCACAACCGCGCAGUGUAUUUCAGAUGUCCCUGUCAGUGGCUUACUUAACGAAAUUCAGGGUCGCACUGAAAAUACAUUCUCCUCCCUUAGCUCAGCCCGUCUCACAAUGGUCGCUAUCGCUGCAGAGAGCAUGAUCUUCCAGCGCACUGUUCAGGAGUAUUUUGCAGCUGAGGGCCAUGGAUGCACUGUUCCUCCAGUGUUUAAGAGCAAACAGGAAGAUCUCCAGAAAUGA